AUGCCAAAAUUCGUACAAAAAGUUCAAAUGCAGCACACGGACGAACUGGAAAUACUCGUUGCGCCUGAAGGCUUGUUUCCCGUUCUAAGUUUUAUGAAUCUUCACCAACAUGCUUGCUUCAAUCAAUGUUCUUCGGCUACUGCCAUAGACGUUCCCAGUAGAGUAUAUAGAUUUGAAGUAGUGUAUAAUAUUCUUAGUUUAAGAUUUGGAGAGCGAGCUAGAGUAAAAACUUACACUGAUGAAGUUACUCCAUUACGGUCGGCUUAUGAGCUUUGGAAAGGUUGUAACUGGCAAGAAAGGGAAAUUUAUGAUAUGUUUGGCAUCAUCUUUACACACCAUCCGGACCUCAGAAGAAUUCUCACUGACUACGGCUUUAAAGGCCAUCCUCUCAGGAAGGAUUUCCCUUUAGUUGGUUAUACUGAAGUAAGAUAUGACGAUGGGCUAAAGAAAUUGGUGUACGAGCCGGUAGAAUAUGCACAGGAAAUGCGGAGCUACCAGUUAAAUUCUCCGUGGAAUUAUUUAAAAACUUUUCAUGAGGAAUAUAACGCUGCUCCUGUACCCAAAAAAGAAAAGGAAUAA